AUGUAUAUCAAGAAGAUCAUUAUUCAAGGAUUCAAGACCUAUAAAAACACUACUACAAUUGAUUUACUUUCUCCUCAUUGUAAUGUUGUUGUUGGUCGUAAUGGAUCAGGGAAAUCAAAUUUCUUUGCUGCCAUUAGAUUUGUAUUGAGUGAUGCAUAUACUCAUAUGUCAAGAGAAGAAAGACAAGGGUUGAUUCAUGAAGGAUCUGGUACAGUUAUGUCAGCCUAUGUUGAAAUUAUCUUUGAUAAUGCCGAUGGUCGUUUCCCAAUAAAUAAACCAGAAAUUAGUAUUAGACGUACAAUUGGAUUGAAAAAAGAUGAUUAUUCUUUAGAUGGGAAAUCUGCUACUCGAUCAGAUAUUAUGAAUCUUUUAGAGAGUGCCGGAUUUUCUCGAUCAAAUCCUUAUUAUAUUGUACCUCAAGGUAGAAUUACUAGUUUAACCAAUUCUAAAAAUCAUGAACGAUUGAAUUUAUUGAAAGAAGUGAGUGGAGCCAAUGUUUUCGAAAAUAAAUUGAAAGAAUCAAUGAAAGAAAUGAAUCAAUCGAAUUUGAAACGAACAAGAAUUGAUGAAACUUUGGUUAGUAUUGAAGAACGAUUAAAAGAUUUACAAAUUGAAAGUUCUGAUUUGAAAAAUUUCCAAAAAUUAGAUAAAUUGAAAAAAAUUUUAGAAUUUAAUAUUUUCGAUAGAGAAUAUAAUGAAUUAAAUGAAUCAUUGGAAGAAUUAGAAGAAAAACAUCAAUCAAUAUUACAAGAAAGUAAACAAGAUUUAAUUGAAUUAGAAAAACGAGAAAAAUUAUGUGUUGAAUUACAAGAUUCAAUUAAUGAAUUGAAAAUUUCUGCCAAAGUUUUGAAAUUAGAAAAAGAACAAUCUGAUUUAGAUUGUGAUCAAUUAUUGAAAAUUAUUGCUGAAAAAGAGAUCAAAUUACGAGAAUUGUCAUUAAAUAAUGAAUUAUCUAAAGAACAAUACAUUCAUAUUAAUGAACAAAUUGAUAAUCUUCAAUUGGAAAUACAUCAACAUAAACAAGAAAUUUCUCAUUAUAAACCGGAACUAAACAAAUUACAACAAGAAGAAUCAAAUUUAAAACAACAGUUAUUGGAGAUAAGUUCAAAACAAAGAGCAUUAUACUCUAAGCAAAAUAGAUUUCUGAAAUUUAUCAAUAAAAAAGAUCGUGAUUCAUGGUUGAAUAAUGAAAUUGCAAAAUUGAAACGACAAAUCAUUGAUAAAGAUCAAGAAAUGCGUCAUAUUUCCAAUGAAGUGAAAACUAGAGAAUCUAGUUUAGAAGAAUUAUCGGAAUCAAUAAAAAAAUUAAACGAUUCCUUAAAUGAUGAAGAACAUAUCAAAACCCUUGCUAAUUUGAAAACAACUAUUAAUGAUUCAAAACAACAAAUCACUCAGUUGGUGGAUCAAAGAAAAGUUUUGUGGCGUGAUGAAAUUAGAUUGAAAAGUGUUCAUGAUUCAUUAACCAAUGAUUUGACCAAUGCCACUAAUGUAGUUAAUCAAACUAUGGAUAGAGCUCAAGCUCAAGGUAUUGCUGCAGUAAAACAAAUAGCUCAACGAUUGAAUUUAUCUGAUCGUGUGUAUGGAACUGUUGCUGAAUUGUUUAAUGUUAAUGACAAGUAUAAAACAGCAGCAGAAGUCAUUGCUGGUAAUUCUUUAUUUCAUAUUGUUGUUGAUACUGAUGUCACUGCUGCUACGAUAAUGGAAGAAUUAAUUCGUAAUAAAUCCGGUAGAGUGACAUUUGUUCCAUUGAAUCGUAUUGAUAAUAUUGAAAUUGAAUAUCCUGAUUCUCAUGAAAAUCAAUGUCUUCCAUUAAUAAAGAAAUUGAAAUAUAAUGAACAAGUUUACAAGGCCAUCAAACAUAUUUUUGGUAAAACUCUUGUUGUUAGUGAAUUACUGAAAGGUGGUGAAUUAUCUCGUAAAUAUAAAUUGAGUUGUAUCACAUUAGAUGGUGAUAGAGUUGAUACUAGAGGGGUUUUAUCAGGAGGGUAUCGUGAUUAUAAAAAUUCUCGUAUUGAUGCCCUUAAAAUCCAAGCAAGAAAGAAACAAGAAUUAGAGAAAACUAAUAGAGAGUUAAUAAAAGUGACAGAAGAAAUUGAAUCAAUAAAUUCUCGAUUAAAUAAAUUGAAUAAUGAAUUACAAUUGAAUGUUCGAGAUUUAGAUCGAUUAUCAGUUAGUAAAGAACCAAUUAAAAUUGAAUUAUCUCAAUUGAAUAAUAAAAAAUUCAAUUUAGAUCAAGAAAUAUCAUCAUUAAAAUCUAAUUUACAUAAUUUACAAAACACAAAAAAUUCAAUUAAAGUGAAUUUGAAACAAUAUGAAUUGGAAUUGAAUAGUGAAUUCACUCAAGUUUUAACUGAAAAAGAACAAAAUGAAUUAGAUGAAUUAUCUAAAUUGGCCAUUGAAUUAGAAUCUAAGUUAGAUAAUAUAGUUACUAGAUCAUCAGAAUUGGAUACUAAGAUUUCAGGAAUAGAAAGUGAAGUGAUUAAUAAUUUACAACCGAAAUUAAACAAAUAUCGUCAACAACAACAACAACAACAAAAACAGCAACAACAACACGAGCAAAAAAAUUUUAAUAGCAAGACCACCAAUUUAGAAUAUGAAGAAUUACAACAAGAAUUAGAAAGUUUACAUAUUCAAUUAGAUACUAGUCAACUGCGUAAUUUACAAAUUGUUGAAAAUUUAACUAAAAUCAAUGAAGAAAUCAAUAAUUGUGAACAAGAAUUAAUUCGAGCUAAUAAUCAACAAAUUAAAAUCAUUAAAAAUAUUGAAAAAUUUCUGAAACAAACUAAUAAUCUUUUAAAUCAAAAACUGAUUAAAUUACAAAUGAAAGAUGAUGCUAAUCAAAAAAUUCGACAAUUGGGAGUUUUACCUGAAGAAGCAUUUCAAUCAAAUAAAUAUGAUCAAUAUAAUUCAAAUCAAUUACUUUAUAAAUUAAAUGAUAUUAAUCAAGAAUUAACAAAAUAUUCUCAUAUAAAUAAAAAAGCUAUUGAACAAUUUAAUUUAUUUAAUAAACAAAAAGAAGAUUUAUUAAUAAGAAGAAUUGAUUUAAAUAAUUCUAAAUCAUCAAUUGAAAAUUUAAUUAUUAAUUUACAACAACAAAAAAAUAAUGCUAUUAAAAAAUCUUUUAAUCAAGUUGCUAAAUCUUUUAAACAAAUAUUUGAAAAAUUAGUACCUCGAGGUACAGGUAAUUUAAUUAUGCAAAAGAAAAAUGAUAACCCUGAUUCUGAUAAUAAUUCUGAUGAUGAUAUAGAUAAUUAUUCAGGAGUGGCUAUAUCAGUAUCAUUUAAUUCUAAAAAUGAUGAACAACAAAGAAUUGAACAAUUAUCAGGUGGUCAAAAAUCAUUAUGUGCCAUUGCAUUAAUUUUUGCUAUACAAAAUUGUGAUCCAGCUCCAUUUUAUUUAUUUGAUGAAAUUGAUUCAAAUCUUGAUACUCAAUAUCGUAUUAGUGUGGCUAAAUUGAUUUAUCAAUUAUCAAGAAAUAAUACCAAUAACAAUGACAAUGAAGGAAGAAAUCAAGGGGCACAAUUUAUUUGUACUACUUUUAGACCUGAAUUAUUACAAUUGAGUGGUGAUAAAUUUUAUGGAGUAACAUUUAGUAAUAAAGUUAGUUCAGUUAAUGAGAUCAAUAAAGAAGAAGCAAUGUCAUUUGUUGAAGGUCAACAACAACAACAACAACAACUACAGCAACAACAGCAGGUGUAG